AUGGCGCCAGUGUACAGUGAAGAGUUGGGGUGUCGUUCGGGUGCGGUCAUGUUGGAUAGCGUCACCGAUUCGGGUGGCCCUACCAUGACAGAGGUGUUUGCUGGUACAUUAGAGGUUCUGCAAGAGUGGCAGAGGAAGAUACAGCACUCUCGUGCCCAGCGGCUGGUGGAGGCGUAUCGGGACGCGCUGCGUGCCCGGCGCGCGGCAAGGCCCCGUUCACCCGCGCGUUCUCGUCGCAGCUAUGGAGGCGACGCUGCUGAGUGGGCGGCAGUGGAACCGGCUGCAGUUACCGAUCAACCCGACCCUCCCGACGGCGUAGAAGAGGAUAGCGACGGUGAUGAGAGUGUUAUGUCAGUGAUUGACGACGGCUUCAACACUCUGAUCGAGCUAUACAUCUUCUUCCGUGAGGCACAUCUGUCCAGAAGGGAGGUGAACAGACUGCUCACCAUUUUUCAGAACCCUAAUUUCUCGCUGAGAGACGUGAGGCGGUGGCUCAAUUUCGUGGACGUGAGACGCUUUGGGCGGGACAAGGCGCCGCGUGAUCAGGUCCCAUGGAUGACGAAGGACAUCAAGUGCUACGGCCCCAGAGGCAGGAUGUGUACGCUACUGCUGCACUACCGGGAUACUGAGCUGACCAGUGACCACUCGUGUGCAUGCUUGUGGCAGCUCGUCAAAAAACUACUACGCGCAUUCCACCACAUCGCGGGAUUUGUGACAAAGCCUCGGAAGGACGAGGAAGACACGGAGGAAGUGCGGCAUUACAGCACCCCCGACACGGGGAAGUGGCUGGAAGAAGCACGGGCCGCGAUUGGAGAGGAGGACUGCAUUGUGCUGGGUGUGAUUGUGUACAGCGACAGCACGCACGCCUCGAGGAAUGGCAGACUGGCGGCAUGGCCUGUCCUGAUGAGCUUGUUCAACAUCCCAGAAGCGCUACGAUGGCAGGAGCCGGGCCACGUACUGGCUGGUGUGCUGCCGUUCCCGCCAGAGUGGGCCUCAUCCACCGAGAAGACGCGCAUCUUCCAGCAGUGCAUGGAGGUCAUAUUCGAGCCCCUACUCCGCGCACACAGAGGGGCCGAAUUGCGAUGGUUUUAUGUGACGGACGCGACGGGCAAGGUGUUGAAGGCCUUUCCCUGUCUUUUCGGGCAGCUGGGGGACUUCCCAGAGUCGUCUUGGUCUACAGCGACUAUGCAGCAAGGGUCACAUCGGCCGUGUUCUACCUGCUACAUGAAGGAGACACAUCUGGCAGACCUGUCGCAUAAGUCGAUGACGCGGACGGUGGAGCUACAGAGACGGGUCGUGGAAGCAAUUCAGUCGGCGACCGACAGCAAGGCGGCGGAGAAAAUCAAGAAACAAUGCGCCUGGUCACAUCCGUGUCGUCUUUGCGUGUGGCAUUGCUACUUGGAAAGAUGGAACUUCGCCGAGACCACGUGGGGAAACGUGUUUCUCGCAUGCGCGGCAGACCUUCUACACGUCCUGGACGGGGGGAUGCUACCGCGCAUGGGCAAGUGCUUCAUGGCUGGGAAGAGCAAGCCGGAGAGGCGCGAGUUUGAGAGGCGGCGCAAGGAACAGAAGAAGGACACGCGCGCAAGCGUAGUGCGCAUCCCGGGGGGGACCACAUGGUUCAGCACGGGGGCGAACUACGCCGCUUUCGAGCACAGGGGAAUGAUGCAGGUGAUGCCCCUGCUUAUCGCAGACAACAUGGAGAAGAGCAAGCAGCCGGCUAAGGCGAAACGGGAACGGGAGGUGGCGGCGUUUGUGGCGUACGCCAGCUUCUACAAGGCGCUGGUGGGCGUGACAAAGCAUACCGAAAAGAUGGUGGCGGAGAUCAAGGCCGCAUUCCCUGACCAGACGUCGGACUGGAACAUCCCUAAGGUGCACCAGAUUGUGCACCUGAUUGACGGCAUACAACUGCGUGGUAUGCCGAACGAGACAUCCACCAACCUGUGGGAGCACACGCACAAGGGGACCGUGAAGGUGCCGGUCCGUGGCAGCAACUGGCACGACAUCCCGCGCCGAAUUGUCGAGGAGGAGGUGCAGCGCGAGAUUGCACGGGAGGUGGCGGCGGAAGCGGGUGGAAACAGGCAGUAUGUGACAGCGCUGCGCGAGGCAGUGCGGCGCAUGAAGCCAGUACUGACGAAGGCUUCAAAGAGGGCGCACGUGGACGAAGACAUAGACGCGGUGAUGUGGGCGUACCGCGCAACUCACGGGUCAGACAUGGACGCACUCGCAGGGUGCAUGGUGGCGGCAGGCAUCCACACCACCACCAUCGAGGUGGGAUAUGUCGUUCGAGAAGGUGGCUGUGUGAUGGUUAAUAGCAUGUGCACACAGCCGUGGCGAUCCCCCGAACGCGGGGGGGGGGUGCUUGUGCCAAAGGGCACAUUUGUGAAGGCCAGUCCUUCUGAGCAGUGGUUUUCAGACAUCGCAGUGUACCGGUCCGACAAAGAGGAGUGGUAUGCCAGGUGCCUCUGCAUCUUCCGCGCAGAGGUGGCAGAUGGGGAGAUGGGGCGACACGUGUACGUUAAGUACUACGAGGAAGAGGGCACGUGCCCGAUGACGUCAUGCCUGCAGCUGUCUCCCGGCCGUGUGAGAACAAGAUACGCGGUGGUUCCGCGUCCCCCACGCUCACGGCCACGCUUCAUCUCACCGUCGAAAACCCCCUACACCUCACCAGGGUCUCCCGCUUCCCCUCACCGUCUCUCCCGCUUCCCCUUACCGUCGCAUGCCGUUCCUCCUGCCUCCGGGGUGCACCCACGCUUCCCCACACCGUCGCUCACGCCUCCCCCCACAUCCACUAACGCUCAUCUCCACGCUUCCUCCGAUCGUCACUCCCACUUCAGCCCACCGUCAACCACGUUUCCUCCCACCGUCGCCCACGUUUCCUCCCACCGUCGCCCACGUUUCCUCCCACCGUCGCCCACGUUUCCUCCCACCGUCGCCCACGUUUCCUCCCACCGUCGCCCACGUUUCCUCCCACCGUCGCCCACGUUUCCUCCCACCGUCGCCCACGUUUCCUCCCACCGUCGCCCACGUUUCCUCCCACCGUCGCCCACGUUUCCUCCCACCGUCGCCCACGUUUCCUCCCACCGUCGCCCACGUUUCCUCCCACCGUCGCCCACGUUUCCUCCCACCGUCGCCCACGUUUCCUCCCACCGUCGCCCACGUUUCCUCCCACCGUCGCCCACGUUUCCUCCCACCGUCGCCCACGUUUCCUCCCACCGUCGCCCACGUUUCCUCCCACCGUCGCCCACGUUUCCUCCCACCGUCGCCCACGUUUCCUCCCACCGUCGCUCACGUUUCCUCCCACCGUCGCCCACGUUUCCUCCCACCGUCGGCCACACUUCCCCCCACCGUCGCCCACACUUCCCCCCACCGUCGCCCACGUACCCAGGCACACUCUUUCCUCCUUGGUUCAUCCUCUCUUUCUCCCUCUUUCCCCCUUCACUCUCCCCCAUCCACCCUUUUUCUCUUCCUCCCCAAGACCACUCAUCUUCGCUACCUCUAAUCAGCCCGUCCUCCCAUCUUCCCUUCCUCUCAUCCCCCUGUCCUCUCAUCCCCCUGUCCUCUCAUCCCCCUGUCCUCUCAUCCCCCUGUCUUCUCAUCCCCCUGUCUUCUCAUCCCCCUGUCUUCUCAUCCCCCUGUCUUCUCAUGCCCCUGUCCUCUCAUCCCCCUGUCCUCUCAUCCCCCUGUCCUCUCAUCCCCCUGUCCUUGAAUCCCUCCCUCCCCUCUCUCCCCUGUCAUGCAGACGAGCAGGCAGUGGUGAUGUAUGAGGAGGGCCAGACGAGUUUGACAUCAAUGCACCUCUCCUUUGCCUUCUCACAUCGCAUCCCCACCCCCUUCCUCGUUCCCCUCACAUUGCUCUUCCUCCUCCCCCCUCCCACAGCCGAGCAGGCAGUGGUGAUGUAUGAGGAGGGGCCAGACGAGUUUGACAUCAAUGCACCUCCCUUUGAGGGGCGAGAUGGGUUCGAAUGGGUGCAGAUGGUUCCUCCCCUCCCCUCUCCCCUCUCUCCCACAGACGAGCAGGCAGUGGUGAUGCAGGAGGAGGGGCCGGACGGGUUUGACAUCGGUGCACCUCCCCCAUACAACCUGGCCUUCUGCUCCUAUCCCAUGUACCGACUCCUCAACCCAAAGACCGUCCAGGAAUGGCUACAGGUAUGCACAGACAGAGCGGUUACAGGUAUGAAUGUGCAGGUUACCACACGAGGUGAGGUGAGCCAUUGCUUUCUAGUGGGCAGCAGACCGUCCCCUGUUAUCUCUGUCCCCCGUUCUCUCUGUCCCCCGUUCUCUCUGUCCCCCUUCCCUCUGUCCCCCUUCUCUCUGUCCCCCUUCUCUCUCUCCCCCUUCUCUCUGUCCCCCUCCUCUCUGUCCCCCUCCUCUCUGUCCCCCUCCUCUCUGUCCCUCUUCUCUCUCUUCCCCUUCUCUCCGUCCCUGUUCUCACUGAACCCCUUCCCUCUGCUCCCCGUCUCUCUGUCCCCUGUCUCUCUGUCCCCCGUCUCUCUGUCCCCCGUCUCCCUGUCCCCCGUCUCUCUGUCCCCCGUCUCCCUGUCCCCCGUCUCUCUGUCCCCCGUCUCCCUGUCCCCCGUCUCCCUGUCCCCGUUCUCCGUGCUCCCCUUCUCCCCGGUUCCCCUUCUCCAUCUCCCCCUACUCCACCUACUCCCUAAUUUUCUUCCCCUCUGCUCUUGCGUCCCCCUCCUCUCUGUCCCCCUUCUCCCUCUCCCCGUUCUCCUUGUCCCCCGUCUCCCUGUCCCUCGUCUUCCUCACCCCCUUCCCCGCUUACCUAUCCCCUACUACAACCCACCCUCUGCUGCGCUUUCCCUCACCCUCUCUACUAUUUUCCCCCACCCUGUCUUGCUUUCCCUCACCGCACGCUAG